UUUAGGGCAACCAGCUGUGCGAGUGUCUCCCUUAGGCUUCACGGAGUCGGCCCACCAUCCGUCACCCGCCGCACCUAUGUAUGUAAAGUAGUUCCAGAACAUCUCCCAAAGCGGCCUAAUCUUGGGUCCGUGCUCGGCCGGUUCCUGUUUGUUUCCUGGCACGGGCUCUCGAGGCGAGGCCAAAAUUUAGAUGUCCGACUCCCCGUGGUGGAGGCGGCCGACUCGGACUUGAAGCUUUCGUCGAUUCGGUUCUCUAUAUACGCCCCAAGUUUCUGCAUAGGUAGCAUUCGUUGGAUCAAAAAGAACGGGAUGUGGGAUACAGGAAAGAUUGCGGAUGCGCCGAGUGGGUCGGCCAGCGUGCAGGCCCACGGUCCCGUCAGGACAGAUGCCAUCGCGGCGGUUUUGGAUGGCGAGGUCUUUGAGCAGACUACAGACGAACGGCGGCAGAUCGGGCUCGUCAGUGCGUGUUUUCUGAUCUUCAACCGCAUGGUUGGUACCGGCAUCUUUGCAACACCAAGUGCCAUUCUCGAGCUGAGUGGGAGCGUGGGCCUCGCACUGCUGCUCUGGGUCGCGGGCAUGGCUAUCUCGGCGACGGGAAUGGCGGUCUACCUCGAGUUCGGCACUGCUAUUCCUCGGAAUGGCGGAGAGAAAAACUAUCUCGAAUAUGUCUACCGACAUCCCAAGUUCCUCGCGACGGGGAUGUUUGCUUCGUACGUGUUCCUGCUCGGAUGGGCGGGAUCCAACAGCGUCGUCUUUGGCGAAUACAUCCUCCACGCCGCGAAUGUCGAAGUCGACCGCUGGAACCAGAGGGGCGUCGGAUUGGCAUGCAUCACCUCGGCGUUCUUGAUCCACGGACUGGCGCUGAAGUGGGGACUCCGGCUCCAGAACUUCUUGGGCAUCGUCAAGCUGUUGAUCAUUCUGAUCAUCGUUGUGUCCGGUUGGGCGGCUCUGGGAGGUGUAUUGAAAGUCGAAAAGCCAGACAACUUCUCGAAUGCGUUUGCUGGAACUACCAAUAGUGCUUACGGCGUGGUCAACGCCCUCUACAAUGUCAUGUGGUCGUUCAUUGGUUACUCGAACGCAAACUAUGCCUUGAGCGAGACGCGGAAUCCAGUGCGAACUCUUAAAAUCGCGGCACCGUUGGCUCUGCUACUCGUGGGAAUACUAUACAUGCUGGUUAAUAUUGCAUACUUUGCUGCCGUACCAAAGGAAGAGAUCCUGUCAUCUGGCCGUAUCCUUGCCGCGUCGUUCUUCAGGAAUGUCUUUGGCGGAACAGCCGAAAGAGCUCUUAGUGUCUUCGUCGCGCUAUCGGCGUUUGGCAACGUGCUCAGCGUUAUAUUCUCGCAAGGACGAAUUGUUCAGGAGCUUGGACGUGAGGGCGUCCUUCCUUUCUCUGGAUUCUUCGCAUCCAACAAGCCUUUUGAUGCCCCGCUUGCCGGUCUCUUCGAGCACUGGCUGGUUUCGGUCAUCAUCAUGCUUGCUCCACCUCCCGGUGAUGCCUACAAUUUCAUCCUAAACGUGAUUACGUACCCGCUCUCGAUCGUCAACUUCUUCGUGUCGGCAGGUCUGAUCUACAUCUACCUGAACAAGUCGUCAUUCCCGGACUUCAAGCCAGCGAUCAAAGCGACCCUCCCAAUCGCCGUGAUCUUCAACCUCGCCAACGUAUACCUCAUCGCGGCACCGUUCGUGCCUCCCGCCAACGGCGGGAACAUCUACGACCACUUGCCGUACUGGCUGCAUUGCAUAGUGGGCAUCGCGUUUUUGGCCGCCGGAGCGGUGUAUUGGCUCUUCUGGGCUGUCGUGCUGCCGAAGAUGGGGGGCUAUACGCUCGUUAGGGAGACGGUCGUUCAGAGGGAUGGCUGGAGUAGGAAUGUCUUCUCGAGGUUGUAUCCGGGUGGGGUGAAGAAGUAGUACAUACAGAGGCGGCGUUUGUUGUAAAUAGAUUUGUUUGAGGUCCGUG